AUGAUGAAGAACCUCCUGGUCGUUCUUCUACUUGGAUGCUCCCUUACCGUUCUGGUUGGUGGAAAUGCGGACGCCAUUUUGGAGACCGUCAAGAACCUGAUUCGCCAGAUGGUUCCCGACCCGGAGAUGCAACAGAAGUACCUGGAGAAGGUCGACGAUGCCAGGGAGUGCCUCGAUCUUGCCAAGGGAAUCAAUCCCGACGUCGUGAAGAAGCUCGUGGACGGCAUGAUCCCUACUGUAGCAAGCUGCGCAGCCGAGACUGCUGGCGUUGCCGAUCCCGCUGAAAGGAAGGAAAGCAUGAGAACUUGCAUCCAGGGUAAAGCCGAGUCUUUCAAGAAGGCAAGUGGCAUGACCGCCGAUGACCUUGCCAAGUGGGAGAUGGCUUGUAAAUGCCUGCAGGAGAAGUAUCAGCAAUGAGCAUCGUCCUCUUGGCUGCUGUCAAUUGUAUUGUCGCGUUCCAGAUGUAGGC